UGCUGCAUCCAGGACCACUAACAUCGAGUGCAACCGUCCUCCCUUUCAUGACUCACUACCUCGGACACGUUGAUGUCCGAAUGCGGAAAACACGAACUCGUAGGAAUGUCAGCGUGUUUCUCUUCAACCUCGGUUCCGUUCUCGGAAUCUUCAUUCGCAUUUUCAAGACCAGCACCUCUUUGCUCAAAUUCAAUUACCGUUUCAUCGAAUAACUUUCAUUCAGUGACAGGUGGUGGUCGUCUUCUACUGAAUGUUGGAGGCACAAGUUUGUGUCGGAGGCUUCGUGGUUUCAAACUGUGGAUACUUGAGAGACUCAAUUUCCAAUUCCAAACACCUAAGCAACCUAAGAAUAGAAAUAUCUUCAAAAAUAAUUUGGAAAAUACAGGUUUAUCAAAUGAAAAGGAAUCGGUUUCUGGUUCAUCUUCAAUUCUUCGUGGGCCUGAUGAUAAGGUUAUUCCCAUGGAGUCUCCAUCUUUGCUGCAGACAGGUUUGUCUGGUACUUCCAUGGAUUUUAGCAGAAAACCCUCACUUUGCAUUGUUGUCAUAGGAGCCACUGGCGAGCUGGCAAAGAGGAAGAUUUUCCCUGCUUUAUUUGCUCUCUAUUACAGUGGCUUUCUUCCUGAGAAUGUAGGCAUUUUUGGGUAUUCAAGGAAGGAUAUAACUGAUGAAGACUUGCGAUCUAUUAUAGCUUCAACAUUAACAUGCCGAGUUGAUCAUCAAGAGAACUGUGAGGACAAAUUAGAUGCUUUCCUUAGUAGAACAUAUUAUAUUAAUGGAGGCCAUGACAAUAAAUCAGGGAUGUCCAUGCUGAAUGCACGAAUGGAUCAAAUUGAGGGAGGAUCCAAAACUAACAGGAUAUUCUACCUCUCUGUGCCACAAGAAGCACUUUUGGAUGUUGCAUCAUGUCUUGCAAGCAGUGUUCAGACCCAAAAAGGAUGGAACCGCAUAAUAUUUGAGAAACCAUUUGGUUUUGAUGCACUUUCUUCCCACAGGAUGACACAGUAUCUUCUUUCAAACUUUCAGGAAAAACAAAUAUAUAGGAUUGAUCAUCUUCUAGGAAGGAAUCUCAUUGAAAAUCUCACAGUUUUAAGGUUUUCAAAUCUAGUUUUUGAGCCGCUUUGGAGUCGAACUUACAUACAUAAUGUACAGGUAAUUUUAUCUGAGGACUUGGCCGUGCAUCCAGGAAGAUAUUUCAGUGGCUAUGGGAUUAUCCGUGAUAUUGUUCACAGUCAUGUGCUCCAAACAAUUGCAUUGCUUGCCAUGGAACCACCCAUAAGCCUUGAUGGAGAAGAUAUUCGAAAUGAAAAGGUCAAGGUUUUGAGGUCGAUUCGCAAAUUGGAGCCUAAGGAUGUCAUUCUUGGCCAAUAUAAAGCAAGUGGUGGAGACAAAGUUGAUGCAUGCUUAAAUGGUCUGACACCUACUUAUUUUGCUGCUGCAUUAUACAUUGACAAUGCACGCUGGGAUGGCGUGCCAUUUUUGAUUAAAACAGGCUUGGGACUCAUCAAACACCAAAUGGAAAUACGGAUUCAAUUUCGUCGUGUUCCGGGGAACGUGUAUCACGAGUGCCUUGGGCAUAACAUGGACCGCGUGGUAAAUGAGCUCAUUCUACGCGAUGUUCCAGAUGAGGCUAUUCUGGUGAGAGUUAACAAUAAGGUUCCAGGAUUAGGCUUACAACUGGACUCUUCAGAAUUAAAUUUGCUUUACAAGGACAAGUACAACAUGGAGGUGCCGGAUUCAUAUGAGCAUCUUCUUCUUGAUGUCAUUGAUGGUGACAACCAUUUGUUUAUGAGAAGUGAUGAGCUAGAAGCUGCAUGGAACAUUCUAACUCCAAUUCUGAACGAGAUAGACAAGGACCAUAUAUCAGUUGAGCUUUAUGAGAUGGGGGGUCGCGGUCCUGUUGGGGCAUACUACCUAUGGGCAAAACAUGGUGUCCGUUGGGUAGAUGAUUAAAUGUUCCUCCUUGUUUUUUCUUCUUCACAUAGCACGUUACUAUGUUUAAUUUAUACUAUAUUACCUACCUCAUAAUGACUACAUACCUAGGUUGUGUCAAGUAUUUUGGAAUAAACUUCAACUGCUGAACAGCCUCGUUUAUGUCUU